CCCCGCCUCCAAGUGAUAUCAGGCUUCUGUCCUCCGCCAUCUUUCUUAUGGGCAACAUAAUAACAACGGUUCUAUUUGCCCUGUUAUUUCAUCCCGCAGACUUCCUUCUAAGAAAUACAGACUUUUAAAGGGGCAAUAGGGCAGAAUGAACUUGAAUUCGGUGCAUAGAUGUCCUACAAGGGACACCGUAGUACAGGAACGAGACAUCAAACAAGAUUCCAAGGAAUAUUCUUAUAGGGAAAUUGCAGGCUACACGGAGUCCUGGCCAGUUUGCCCCGUGCCAGCUGAAAGGGGCAGUUAUGCAGAGAGCAGCGAUGCCCCGUUGGUACAGGAGAAGCCCAGGCCCAUUGUGCUACUAAUCCCUCAGGAUAUAAGAUGUGAUGGCUUGCUGUGUCCCAUCCCUCCUAUAGAGAGUCAGCUCACUAACCCAGAGCUGAGCAGCGCCAUCCUUCAGGAUUUCCUGCCCAUUGUGCCAUAUAUCCAGCUCCUCGUCUUUCCUACGGAGAAUAAAUCGACUCUUACAGAGGAACUUAUGGACUUAUUCUCAUUAGAAAAGUUCAUUGUCCUACUGGACCUCUUCUGUCUGUAUUGGUGCUACAAAAAGAGCUCCAAAAAGACUAAAGAUGGAGCCUCUGCUGAGACAGAGAGCGACGCAGAACCAAGUCCUAUUAUACAGCACCAAAGUGAUGAAGCAGCAGAACAUAGAGAAGAAAGUGCAAUGAGUUUUCCUACAGACUGCACUUAUUUCUUUCAACACCAAGAACCAAAGUCCAAAAAGAAAAGGCUCGGCUUUAAUGUGAGAAAGAGUUUCUGUCGCCCUCCAAACAAAACCCAGAAGAACGGAACUGGGCACGGAAACGAGCAGAAGGAAUUGAGAGACACCUGAGACGGGAUUAUAUUCCUUAUGCCGAGAACAUGAAUUUGGUACCAGAAAAGAACUGCAAAAAGAGACAUUGAUGAACAGAGAGGGAAAAUACUGCCAUUUGACAGCAUAGACUGGGAAGUUGUAGGGUUUAAAGCCAUAGGGGCAUAUUAACCCUAUGGGUCCCUGCAUUUGUAAAAAAUUCUGAAUGAAAAAGAUAAAUUUGGGUGGGAGGGUGGUUGAAUAAAGUCUCCUCCAGCGAUUCCUACAAAGAAGGAGACUGUAGGAGAGGAGACUGCAGCCCUGAGCAGAAGGGCAAACGUUUCAGAAUAUCUUUCCUCGAAAAUACUUUAACUAUAUGUAUAUAUUUUUUUAAUAAACUAUGAAAUAUACAAAUUUAGAUCUGA